AGUUCAACGUAACCUCAUAGAAUUUCUUUGACCGCUAAACUUUGGUUCCUUUGACACUUGUCAAUCAUUUGAUAAAGUAUAUAAUGCAUUUUUUGAUGAGAAGCAAUACAAAACAGUUUCUAUUUUGGAGCAAACAUCUAUACAGAACAUGUACCUCAAGAACACUAGCUAGCGAAGCUAAAGAAAAAAUCGCAUACAGUGAAAUGAUGCAACAGCGCCAGCAACAAGCCACUCGCAGCAUUGUGGUGCAAGUCCAAUCAGAAAAUUCAUUCCCUGAAUUGUAUAACUAUUGCGCUAGUUUUGGAGAAAUCUUAAGUGCACAUCAUUACCGCAUACAACAGGAAGAGGAACAGCACUAUAUAUUAUUAGAGUUUGGCAAUGCACAAGAAGCAUCAGCGGCUAUUACCGCAUCAGCGUACAAUGAUGAAUUGUCGAGUGUGCCAGCACAUUCACCUUUUCUAUGGUUUAGAGCGACAAGUGGCAAGCGCGCUCUCAAAGCAGCGGCAAAAUCCAUCAAAGCGACUUUAGCUGGAGUUAACGGCACCACAAUGUUGGAUAGCAAUGCUUUGACGGAACUCUUGUGUGCGGCACCAAAUUUAGAUCAACAAAUAUUAUAUCUACAUCAACACACUCAGCUUAAUGACCUUGGUGUGCGUUUACGCUUUCUUGCUGCAUUACAGGUGCAACAAGCGGUGUCGGGUAUGUUCCCCAACGCAAAUGCACAACCCUUUGGUUCAUCGGUGAAUGGUUUCGGCCGAAUGGGUUGCGACUUGGAUUUGAUAUUGCGUUUUGAUCGAGAAGUUGUUGGUGCAACUACCGCGCAGCAGCGCAAUCAAGAGUCACGACUUGUAUUUCACACUAAGGAGAAUCUAACAAAUGGACGUUCACAAACCCAACGACAAAUGGAAAGUAUUGGUGAUAUGUUACAUCUAUUUUUGCCCGGUGUUUGUCAUGUGCGACGCAUAUUGCAAGCGCGUGUGCCGAUUAUCAAAUAUCAUCAUGAGCAUCUUAACUUGGAGGUGGAUCUAUCAAUGAGUAAUCUCACCGGUUUCUACAUGUCCGAGUUGCUGUACAUGUUUGGCGAGUUGGAUGAGCGCGUGCGUCCGUUAACGUUCAGCAUACGUCGUUGGGCGCAAGCCUGCGGCCUAACAAAUCCCUCGCCGGGCCGUUGGAUCACAAAUUUCUCACUCACCUGCCUUGUGAUAUACUUUCUGCAGCAGUUGAAACAUCCCAUCUUGCCCACCAUAAACAGCAUGAUGAAGUCCGCCACAAGCGAUGACAUACGCCUAACCGAGGACGGCAUCAAUUGCAGCUUCAGUCGUGAUUUCGAACGCAUCGGCUUUCGUUGUCGGAACACGUCGCAAUUAAGCGAAUUAUUGCUGCAGUUCUUUGAAUUCUACUCACAAUUUGAUUUCCACAAUCGCGCGAUAUCGUUGAACGAAGGGCGCGCCAUAGCAAAGCCCGAUCAUUCAGCGCUAUAUAUUGUCAACCCGCUGGAGCAGGUGCUGAAUGUGAGCAAAAAUGUCAGCCUCGAGGAGUGCGAACGUCUGCGCAUUGAGGUGCGUAACGCCGCUUGGGUGCUGGAAUCGGAGGUGGAGAACCCCUCACAACCGGAAAGUGAAGGCGCUCAACUGGCGUGGGGCAUUUUACACCUCUUCAAGUCAAAUGAAAAGUCUAUUAUACGUCCAAAUAUGUUCUUUAGGCCACGCAUGGUAGAUGUCAGCCAACUCUUCGACAGCGCAGACGCCGAUACACCAACACAAUCAGUCGAAUUCAAAAAUGAGAACGCACGGCGUGAGGUGGAGAGCAUAAAAGCGCAGGCGCGCGGUGACUUUAAACAGAUGCGCAUCAAUGCAGCAGCGGCGGCGGCGUCAACAACAACGCCAGCCAAGGCGACGAAGGGACGUCGUAGUAGAUGAGAGCCACCGACUGAUUAAGCAAUGCUAAAGCUUAGCUUUAAAUUAUUGUCAGCCAACUGCCGUUGUUGCUAGUACCGUUAGUGUGUAAAAUAUUUAGUUAUUUUUUGUAUAUACAUAAGAAUUUACUGUGUAGUGCGGCAUAAUUAUUUUAGACCAAAAGCGCUGUAAAAAGUUUAGCUUAUAGUUAAAUAAUUGUUUAUUUCUUUUUUUAAAUUUUAACGGUAUCAACUGACUUUACACACAAAUGCAGUUGUAUGUUUAUAAAAAGACUCAUGCAGAGUUGUAUUUGUUUACCUUCGUUUAAGAAACUUAUAGUUGUUAAGUUUAUAUAUUCGUUAGAUAGAAAAUAAUAAAAGCAAAAUAAAAAUUAAAAGUUA